GGGACGGGACGGGACGGGACGGGACGGGACGGGACAGAACGGACGGGACGGGACAGGACGGACGGGCCGCGCUCGCCGCCGCCGGACGCUGAGCCCUCGCCACCGGCCCCAGCGCCAUGCUGCGCCGCAAGCCUUCCAACGCCGGCGACAAGGAGCCGGGACACAGGAAGCUUUCCCUACAGCGUUCCAGCAGCUUCAAGGACUUCAGCAAGUCCAAGGUCAGCUCCCCCGUGUCAAGCGAGGAGUUCAACCUGGAGGAGAAUGUGAGUUCCCAGCCCCCUCCGGGACAGCAACACCCCUUGACACAUCCUGCUUUCCUGGGAACAGCCCCUUUCAGGGCUGGUUUCCCGAAAAUCCUGGUCUUACCAGUAGCCCACGUGUCAUGGAGCAGCCCCAGGGUGCCAGCACUGGUGGGAUUUGGGAUCUCACAGCAGUGUGUGACCCUGCUGAGGCCUGCCCAGGAUGGAGGGCUCUGCCUUCACUCUUCACCCCUCUGUCAGAUCCCUGAGGAUGAUCCCAGCAGUGCCAGUCCUGAGGAGGCUGCACGGAGCAGCGGGACGAAGCUGGGCAGGAAGUGGCGGGCGGUCAUCUCCCGCACCAUGAACCGCAAGAUGGGCAGGAUGGCUGUGAGAGCACUGGCCGAGGGGAAGCAGGGAGAGGUGCAGGCAGAAGGGCCCCCAUGCCCCCUGUCCCCAGCCAGCAGCGUGGACGAGCAGAGCCAUGACAAGGUGCCCUUGUCGUACCUGGAGCUGGAGGAGGAGGAGGACGGGCACCCAGCCCUCGGACGUCAGAUGUCCAGUGGCAGCGACAUUCCCAGCCCUGGUGAUCCCAGGGACAGCCAGCGGCUGGAGGAGACUGUCCCAGCCUACACUGGCCCCUUCUGCGGCCGGGCCCGCGUCCACACUGACUUCACCCCCAGCCCCUAUGACAAGGACUCCCUGAAGCUGCGGAAAGGGGAUAUCAUCGCCAUCAUAGAGAAGCCACCUGUGGGCACCUGGACCGGGCUGCUCAACAACAGGGUGGGCUCCUUCAAGUUCAUCUACGUGGAUGUGAUCCCUGAGGAGACGGUCCCUGCCCGCAGGAGCCGCAGCUCCAGCCGGAACAAGCGCCUCAAGCCCAAGACCCUCCACGAGCUGCUGGAGCGCAUCAACCUGCAGGAACACACCCCCACCCUCCUGCUGAAUGGGUACCAGACCCUGGAGGAUUUCAAAGAGCUCCGGGAGACCCACCUGAACGAACUGCACAUCACGGACCCCCAGCACCGCGCCAAGCUGCUGACAGCUGCCGAGCUCCUCCUGGACUAUGACACAGCCAGUGAGCCAGAGGAUGGUGACACCAAUGAGGCCCUGCCAUCGCCCUCAGAGCCCAAAGGGGACAUUCCCCGGGACUCUGGCUGCUUCGAGGGAUCAGAAACCCUGGAUGGCAGCCGGGAGGAGGCUGAGCUGGGGGGUCCUUCCAUGGCAGAAUCUCCCUGAGCCUGCCAGCACUGCUACUUUCCACUCUGGCCCUAAUAGGGGGGCUGGAUUGGAGGGGAUGGCUGCUGGUGGGGGACAGGAGAGCCCCAGUGGUGGCACCUUGGAGUCCAGCUCAGCCCCUGCCCCAGAGCCAGGGUGGGCACAAGGUGCCCCAGGACAUUUUGCAUGGCACUGCCUGGCACCACUGCCCCGAGGCAGGGACUCUGGGCAUGCUGGGGCACUGUGCUCCCCGCCAAGACACCACAGGCAUUGGCUGCCCUUCUCAGGUUUGCCAGCAGGCUCAGGAAGGGAGCUGGGGACAGAAGCCCUGUCUGCAGGCAACUGAAGCCUGCCCAGGACACUGUCACUUCUCUGCAUGGACACACAGAGACCCCCCCCUCACCUGCUAUAGGGGACAGCAAGAUGCAAAUAACACAGCUAAGACACCCUGGAAGUGUGAGAUGGAGAGUCCUGGAAACACAUAGGGAAGGGGAAAGAGGCAGCUGGCUUGGGGCAGCACAGAAACGCCGGGGCUACAGCUCAGCCAUUUUCAAACCAAUUAAUUUUCCUUCAUUGUUUUAAAAUUAAAAAAAAAUAAUAAGAAGAAAAAAAUAAAGAACACCCAAUCCUCA